AUGUCCAAGUCACGACGACCUGAUGAUGAAUUCCGGAAAUUGAAGGAAUCGUCACCGUUUGUCCCCGGCUGCAUCCAGCUAAUCACAACGCUGACUUUCGUGUCGCAAAUCCCAUUAGCCAAGCCAUGCAUUGAGGUCUUUACUGGAGCCGAGAACAUAUUGCCAGGGAACGGAUCUGCGCAGUCCCCUACUGACCACCUAGCCCAUCCUAAGGACAAUAUUGCAAGCGACCGAGAUAAGCCGCACCCAUCUGGCCAACCUCGGGAACCCACUUUAUCGCGCUUGCAGAUUAUCCUUAGGAUGGGUAAGCCCAGCGAAAUGGAACCAGUCUCCGAAGCUUGA